AUGCGCGGCGCGCACCCGCUCGGACUCGUCGUCCUGGGCGCGACGGAGAUGUGGGAGCGGUUCGGGUACUACGCCGCGCGCGCGCUGUUGGCGCUGUACGUGACGAAGGUAUUGCGCGAUCCGACGUUCGACGUCGAGCGCGUGUUGGGACUGCGAACGGUGGGGAAAACCGAUGCGGUGGGGAUGAUGGAGAGGACGCGAGCGGCGGAGGCGACGAGCGCGAAGACGUACGGCGCGUUCGCGUGUUUGGCGUACCUGACGCCAGUGUUCGGUGGGAUCGUCGCCGACGCGGUUUUGGGGGCGCAUCGAAGCGCAGUGGUGGGGGCGGUGGUGAUGGCGUUAGGGUACGGCGCCAUGGCGAGCGAGUGGGCGUUUUUGAUCGGGUUGGCGUUGGUGUGCGUCGGAAACGGGGCGUUUAAGCCUUCGAUUAGCACGCAGUUGAGCGCGUUGUACGCCAAGGAUGAUCCGAAACGCGACGCGGGAUUCAGUAUUUUUUAUUGUUGUAUCAAUGUUGGGGCGUUCUUUUCGCCCUUGAUCGCUGGGACGGUGCGCGUGUACUUUGGUUACGGCGCCGCGUUCGCGAGCGCCGCCGUGGGAAUGUGGUGCGCGUUGGCAAUUUACGCCUUGAACCGCAGGCACGUCGUGGACGCCAUGAUUCCAGCGUCGGCGAACGACAAUGACGAGGAUCUCAACGACAUGGCGCGAUUGAUACGCGAAAACUCGAACGCCAUGUUCGCCGUCGCCAUCGUUUGCGUGGCUGGGAUCGGAUUUAGCAUGGUUUAUGAACAAUCAGGAAGCACCCUGAUGUUGUUCUCGGACGAGCACGUCGAUUUACACGGGAUGCCGACCGAGUUCGUCGCAGCGUUGAAUCCGUUGCUCGUCCUCUCGCUGACGCCGGCGGUGACGGCGCUUUGGGAUUGGCAAGCGCGACGCGGUGCGGAGCCGCACCAGAUGUCGAAAAUUGCCAUCGGGUGUGCGCUUCUGUCUUCAUCAUUCGCGGUGCUGAUGUUCGGUGCUUUACCGAUCGACUCGCACGCCUCGCCGACUCGCGUGAGCGUGUUUUGGAUCGUCCUCAAUCAGAUUUUCCUCACGGCCGGCGAGCUCUUCACCUUCCCCGUGGCGCUUUCUUACAUUUCCAAAAUCGCUCCGGAUGGUUUACUCAGCGCCAUAAUCGGUUUAUGGUUCGGCUCAUACUUCUUCGGCAACUAUUUCAGCGGCGUGCUCGGCUCCACGUACCCAUCCUUUGACUCCCCGAGUGGCUUUUUCGCGGCGCUCGCACUCAUCGCCGGCGCCGUCGCCCUCGUCCUCGGCCUCGCCCGCGCGCCGCUCGCGGCUCGUUGUCCCACGUAACGGACAUC